UUAGUAUUAUCUUAUUUCUUGAUGUUAAUCAGAUUUCUAUAUUCAUUCAGCGAAUACGUUGUCAGCUAUGUAUCCUAUUUAAUGUAACCAUUAUUUAGUUUGGAAAAUACGUCAUACUGAACGUUUGUGACAUUUUUGAACAGAAACAAAACUAGUUUGCGCUAAAGUUAGUUUAACUUUUAUUCUCCCAGCUUCCUCAAAUGUCAAUAGAUGGCAGUUCAACCGGUGUUUAAAAUCUACCCCUUCGGGUACCCCAUUCAAACCAGUUGUGGUGUCCUGUCUGUUGUCGUAAAACACGGCACAUGACUUAGACAUGGCAAAUGUAUUGUUUCUGAAGAGAAAGUUGAUCGCCAGAGUGAGAUGGCCGCCCUGUAUAAUUCUGAUUGUCUGUUUAGUAGUGACUGGGUACGUUUAUGUCGGAAACGCUAUUCUGUACGAGGAACCCAUCCGAGGAGAUUUACGGGACCCGAAUAAAUUCUUUACACGUGAGGAGAAACAGUUUAAUCCUGAAGACUACGCCAGCUGUCCGCCAUCUAUUGAUAUUUACGAUGAAAAUGAUGUUUCCCACCACAAACUCCAGAUCCGUUGCGGCGCGGGCAAGGCAGAAUUAUUCCGCGACCUCACCCACGAUGCCAAUGUUCUUUCCAUAAACUCCGGCGACCCGUGUCUGUAUAACGCCCUUAGGGAUUUCUGUCCUUCGGACGGUUACAGGGUACCAAAUAUAGCUCAUUAUAUCUGGUUUAAUAUCCCAACAAUGUCCUUCUUCCAUUUCUUGAGUGUUAUGAGUGUGCAUUUGUUCCAAGAACCAUGUGUUGUCCUUGUCCACGGCCACCUCCCCGGGGGUCCGUAUUGGAGAUACCUGGCCCGUACCGUCUCAAACAUCAUCCACGUGGCGACGGAUCCCCCGGGGACCUUUGGAGGAAAACCGCUAAUCUCCAUGGAACACAAGUCGGACCUGGUCAGAUUGAUUGUCCUAAAAGAAUUUGGCGGGAUGUAUUUUGAUAUUGACAGCGUCCUGUUCCGUAACCUCAACUCCCUAAGGAACCAUUCUGUUACCAUGAGUCUCGAGUACUGGUCCAACCUCUCAAACGGACUGAUUCUAGCCGAGCCAGACGCCAUGUUUACUCGACAAUGGCUGUCCCGUUACCAUGACUACACGUUUGACCCAGUACAGUAUUGGGAGUUCUCUCUCUUUGUCCCCACUAAGUUAGCGAGGCAGCACCCGGAAUGGAUUCACGUGGAGUACAUGACAUUCUGCUCGCCAGAUGGCGAACACCGGAACCAGAUUUUUGAGGGAAACUAUGAAUGGGGCAAAAACUUCGCCAUGCAUCUCUAUAUACGAUUUUAUACAAAAAUACACAACUGUGCUGACAUCAGAACCCUGAACACAACUAUUGGUGCCGUGGCCAGAUACGUGUUGUAUGGCUCCAGGAAGUUGUGUCUAGAAUAACGUACGUCAGAAAAAUAAAACUUGUAUAAUCAAACGUCUUAAAAGUGUUUAUGCAAGCAAAAAUGUUUUGAUUAAAAUUAUGUUAGCGGGUUUUAAAACUCAUAUUUCUGGUGUGUCAAGAGACGCACAAUAUUGAAAAUAUAGUCCAGCAUGGCGUCAAUCAAGCUUGGAAUACAGGUUAAGAAGAAUGUUUGACGGGAUAAUUCAAGAGUACUAAUCAGCCAAACUUAUAAAACUGAUGUAUCUAGUGAUGCUUAAAACAGGACAUGCUACAGGACAUGCUACAGGACAUGCUACAAGACAUGCUACAGGACAUGCUACAGGACAUGCUACAAGACAUGCUACAGGACAUGCUACAGGACUGGGUACCCCUGAUUAUGUUAUUGAACGUAUCUCUUUUCCAGUACGAUAUCUUGUGAUAUAAGUCGAGUUACCCGAAAUCCGGAAAGAUGUCAAACUUAUUUGAUCUAAGGCCAGAUCAUAUUCUAUCUUCAGAUUUCGUUAUGC